UGCAUUUGGUCCCCUCCAGCCUUCCAAUCCCAGGGCAGUCAAUGACCCUGUAUCCGUACCUGUGGUUAAUUUAUGUAUGAACGACUUUACCUUUCGAUCAUCAUCACCCAUCAUAAAGCAUCCGUUCUCUCAACGUUAACUGCUAAACUGGCAAAUUAUUCUACUGCUAAGAAACAGCUAGGGCCUGUUUAUAGCUCUAUCGACUUCACUCACAAUUCACCAAGCAUCAUUCUCAGCAUUCAGCAGCGCCAUCUCGUUUUAACAUUAGGAGCUGAGCCCACUAUGCCCACAACUCGACGAUCCGCUGCCAGCGCUCGCAGCAGGGGCCCGCCAGCCAAGGGACAGUCUACUUUGAGUUUCUCAAACAAAGUCACCAAACCAGUACCCAAAAGCGCCAAGAAGUCUGCUAUCUCUGCUUCCAUCUCAAAGCUCGACCCCGGCCAGCAUGCCUCACAGCGUGAGGUUGAAGAUAUUGUUGUCAACGACCAUGAGUCCACAGAGGCUGAUCAGGAAGAAGUUGAGGCAGUCACAGAUAUUGAGGUAGUCCCAGAACCUGCGAAGUCUGAAUUGGAGUCGCAAGCAGAGAAAGUUACAGACACGCAGAUCAAGAAGUAUUGGAAGUCCAUUGAAGACCAAUGGACUACGCCACGAUUGCACCAGCAAGGUGUAUCUUUGAGCGAGAAGGUUCUUCGAUAUUUCGAUGUCAGCUCACAAUAUGGUCCCUGUAUAGGCAUGCCUCGCAUUAAGCGCUGGAAACGAGCUGAACGUCUGGGUCUCAAUCCUCCAAUUGAAGUCCUCGCUGUUCUUCUCAAGGAAGAAAGCAAGGGCAACGAUAAAAUCGAAACGGCACACAUGGAUGAGAUCCUCAACUCGACUGCUGUAGGUGCCUGAAAUGUCUCCACCUGUUAUUUGGCCACUAGAGGCUGUUUCACGGAGUGAGGCGUUUGAGGGAAUGAUGUUCAGGUGCCCUUGUCGCUUUAUUUACUGUCUCAUUUAUUCUAUAAGCGCGUAAAGAGCUAGUCGAAUAAGAAAUCUAUGAUCUAAACUUGGGUCUCAAAAUACACAGAAAGUCUAGAGGUAACUGGCCUCGCGGCCUCCAUCUAGUACCAAAUACUCCUUG